GCAGCAGCAGCAGGACAAAGACCAUGAGACUCAUCUUCAUCUCUCUCUUCCUUGUCCACGUCUGUCAGCCGGCGUCAGUCUUCCUGGGUCCAGACCGGGCUCAUGGCGUCCUGGUCCGGACUCGCCGCUACAACUCGGGCUUUUUGGAGGAGCUGCAGAUGGGCGAUCUGAAGAGGGAGUGUCUGGAGGAAACAUGUUCAUACGAGGAGGCACGCGAAGUCUUUGAACACACCGAGACCACGGACGAGUUCUGGAAGACGUACAAUGGUAAGACAUGCAAUUUUCCUUUCACGUCACCAAGGUCUGCUAAUUGCUCGAAUUCUCUCUCUUCUUUAGUUCCGAACAGUUGUGCGUCUCAUCCCUGUCUGAACGGCGGCACCUGCUCCUCCCAGGAUUCUUCGUACGCCUGCUUCUGUUUACCGCAGUUCAGCGGCGUCGCCUGUGAGCUUGACACACUCGCCAUCGCCACCUCCUGCCUGCUGGAGAACGGAGGCUGCGAACAUUUCUGCGAUGAAGACGACGGAGGGCAAAAGUUAAACUGCUCGUGUGCGGAUGGCUACUUCCUGGCCACUGAUGGGCGGAGCUGUGUGGCACAAGGGUCGCUGGCGUGCGGCAUGGUGCCCGUCCGCCACGGUAAAAACAAAAAUCAGCAGCUUGACCCUCGAGCUCGAAUAGUGGGAGGAACAGAGUGUCCCAAAGGUGAAUGUCCCUGGCAGGUUCUGUUGGUGGAAAAAGGGAAAGGUUUCUGUGGUGGAGUCAUCUUCAAUCCCACAUGGAUCCUCACGGCGUCUCACUGUAUGGAGAACCUAGAACCUCAGUUCGUCAAGGUGGUGGCAGGUGAACACAACACAGAGUUGAACGAGGGAACGGAGCAGUUCAUCCAGGUCGCCCAGAUCAUCAUGCACGAGGAGUACGUCAAACGUACGGCAGAUAACGACAUCGCACUCCUGCGCUUGGCCGCGCCAAUCGUAUACACAACGUACACGGUCCCGGCCUGCUUGCCCACUCGCCCGCUGGCCGAGCGCGACCUGUGGGCAGUUAACCUGCACACAGUGAGCGGCUGGGGGAGGAGGGCGGAGCACGGGCCCACCUCCACCAUCCUGCGACGCCUGACGGUGCCACGGAUCCGCACGCAGCAGUGCAUGGAAGAGAGCGGCGUGGUGCUCACCGACAACAUGUUCUGUGCCGGAUACAUCGAGGGCCAGCAGGACUCGUGUAAAGGCGACAGCGGGGGCCCCUUAGUCACGCUGUACAAGAAGACUGCAUUCCUCCUGGGCAUCGUGAGCUGGGGCAAAGGCUGCGCCCGACCGGGCAACUACGGCAUCUACACCCGCGUGUCCAACUACCUGGAGUGGAUUCACAACCAGACAGCAACCACGGAUUCACCCAAAAACCACACAGAGUCUUCACUGCACAACCUGACCACCUGACAAAGUCCGACUAUUAGAACCAAGAACACAACAGAGUCCGACUUUUACAACCAAAAACACGACAGAUCCGACUUUUAGAACCAAAAACACGACAGAGUCCGACUUUUAGAACCAAAACCCGCCAAGUCGACUUUUAGAACC